AUGGUAACAGCGAUAGAGAAUUUUAUCACGCAGAAACUCAUCAAUGACUGUAAACCUGUAACAUUUUUAGACUUGUGCGAUGAGUUUUCGAUAAAUGUGAACAAAGCAAAGAAUGAGAUGGUACAGUACUAUAGCACUACGAGACAUGAGUCGAUCCAAUGCAUUGUAGUAUGUGUUUUGAAGCACAAUGUAAUACAAAUGAUUACGGAUCCCGAGAAACUACCGGAAAAGGAAGACAUAAAGGAUUUCUUCAUCUAUGCGUUCAACCCACUGGAAACUAUUGAUUUGACAAAUAGAGAAAGAACACACGUUACGAUCAAGAACCCCUACAAGCUGCACAAUCAAAAUGGCACACGGCCCCAGACAAGCGAUGGUAUUGGAAGUGUAAUUAACAUAACCACCCAAGAUGUGACUCAAAAAAUGGUGGCCGGCCCCAAGAAAAAGUCUGAGGCAGAACCGGUCGUAACGAAGCAACGGGCAAAGACGUUCCCAGAAGUUGCUGUUACAAAACCUAAGAAACCAACUAAGAGUAUGGGUCUAAAAUCUACUGAACUUCUGGCCAGAAUGAGAAGAGAAAGAGAGGAGAAGGAGAAGAACAGACAAGAGGAAUUGGAAAGGAGGAAGCACCAGCAGCAGGAUAAAAAUCACGUCGUGGUAAGCCAAGAGAAACAAAAACAAUUGGACCAACUGGCCUCGAUGUUUGACGAUGAUGAUGACGAUGAUUUAGCCCAAUUCGAUAAAAAUUCUAAAAAGCGUGAUAAGAAAGAGGAAAGCGAAGAAGAGGCUGAAGUAAACCACCCUGUAGCGAUAGAAUCAGUACCUUCACAAGAAUCACAACCAGUAAAUCUAGACCGCACUGUCACAAACUUAGAAGAACUACUUGACACGACGGUAGACGAAUCCUUAAUGGAACUAUCUCAACCAGAAAAGGAAAAGGAAAAGGAAAAAGAAGAGCCAGUCCACGAAUCGAAAGAACAGACCACAUAUAUAGACGAAGAUGGAUACAUGGUUACUAAGAGACCAGCUACAGAAACGAAGAAACCACCAAAGCCUGUGAAAUCAGCGAAAACGGCAGAACCGUCAAAGAAACCAGCAACACCAGUCGAGAAAAAGAAGGCUCGCUCCAGUCAACGUACACUUGAGAGUUUUUUCGGUAAGAAAAAGGGAUGA